AUGUCAAUAACUCCUUAUCUGUGUGACUGUAACUCUGAACCCAAUUGUGAUAAUGAUGUAUAGCUCUUACAGGAAGUAUAAAUAGAUUCAUAGUGCACACACUGCAGGCAAUUGAUAGUGUUAACAUUUGUUGUUAGAACCAAUCUCUGAAUAUAAACACAAGGAGCAGAUGGAGCCCAAAGUAGAACCAGUGGGCCCCCCAGCAUUGUUCGGAGAGGGUCCGUUUUGGGACGAUGAGACCCAGACUUUGUACUACAUUGAUGCCUUCAGACCCACAAUCUACAGUUAUCACCCGGGUACAAGGAGCCAUCACAGUGUCAAUGUUGUUUCAGAUAAACCAGGAAAACCAGAAGUGCACACCACAUUUGUGAUCAAAAUCAAGGGAGAGAAAAACAAGUUUGUGAUUUCCGAUGAUAAACGUUUAGCAGUGAUAAAUUGGGAUGGUGUCUCAUCAGAUCCUGUGAUGACAGAGCACUUGGUGGAUGUGGAGCAGGAACCUACGGCUGCCUUUUGUGAUGGGAAGUGUGACCCUUCCAACCGACUGUGGGCAGGAACAAAAGGGCGUGUGCCAUUUGAUAUACCAAUCACUGAAAUGGAGAAAGGGAAGGGUUCGUUGUACUCGUUGCAGAGAGACAAGACUGUGAAGACGCACUUGUCGAAAAUCACUCUGUCAAAUGGUUUAAUCUGGAGCCCUGACAAGAAGAAGUUUUAUUACAUUGACAGUUUAAAGUUUGGUAUAGAUAGUUAUGACUAUGAUGACACAACUGGAUCUAUCUCCAAUGGGAAAACUAUCUUUUGCUUCAAGAAAAAUAAUGUUGAAGGACUGCCUGAUGGAAUGACAAUAGACCAAGAAGGGAAAAUCUGGGUGGCUUGUGUGAAAGGUGGACAGGUUUUAAGAGUUGAUCCGAAUACUGGAGAGAUUCUGAGAACAGUGAAAAUACCAGCACCACACACAACAUCUGUAGUUUUCGGUGGCCCAAACUAUGAAGACCUCUACGUCACUACUGGCAAGAUCAAGUUUACCAAGGAGAUGGAGGAGGAAUAUCCCAUGGCGGGGUGCACGUUCAGGGUCACAGGUCUGGGUGUCAGAGGAGUUCCAAGUCUUCCAGUUCAGCUGUGAACAGUUGGCAGCAUUGACUGUAUAUAUCACUGUUACAUUUUUAAAUAAAUGUUUUCAUUGUUUAAUUAGUUAGAACUGCA